AUGGCAGACACUCAAACAGUCCGAAUCAAUGCCUCUUCUCUGGAGGCUGAAAUCAUCGGAGAACUCGAUAAUGAUCAUAAUAUCGCUCUAUUCCGAGGUAUUCCAUAUGCCACGGUUACAAAGCGCUGGACUCACAGUGUGACUCGACACACACUCGAAAGCACCCAUGAUGCGACUCAAUUCGGCCCUCGGUGUAAUCAAGGAAAUGGUAUGGUCCUUGUCACUGGAGGCACGAAUGAUCCUACUCCAGGCGACGACGAAUUUCAAUGUUUAAACCUCAAUGUUGCCGUUCCUCAGGAGGCCCUCGAUACCAACUCUAAGCCCCUCCCUGUGAUGGUAUGGAUUCACGGAGGUGGUUUCGCAUACGGUGCAAACUCGGUUGCUCGCUAUCGCCCCCAGGCUUUCAUGAGUCAAGCCAAGAAGUCUAACACGCCCAUUAUCCUCGUGCAAAUGAACUAUCGACUCGGUCCUCUUGGCUUUUCCGCUUCUGAAGACUUGGCUACCGAAGCUGAGGCAAACGGCCAGCCAGUUGGGAACUAUGGAUUAAUCGAUCAGCGCAACGCAUUGGAAUGGGUUAAUAGUCACAUUGCGGAUUUCAGGGGAGACCCAAAUAAUAUCACGGUGUUUGGUGUCAGUGCUGGCAGUGCCAGUAUCCAUGCCCAUCUCCUUGCUGGUCACUCUUUAUUCGAUCGUGCUAUUAUGAUGUCUGGCGCUGCCCCAAGUCUGUUCCCCGUCCGUGCGGAGCUUUUCGAAAAGCAAUGGCAGGGAUUAUGUAACAGAUCUGGUGCUACCGGCUCUACCCCUGCUGCACGCUUAAAUUAUCUUCGCUGUCUGAAUGUCUCUGAUAUUCUGAAAAAUUCCAGUUCGGCGGUGAUGGGCCCUGCCGGUGAUGGCGUUUAUAUUCCGAAGACCUGGAAAUUCGAGGAUAACGUUUCCAACUCACGCUGCAAGUCUAUCAUCCUGGGUGAUACGAAUGUUGAAGCACUUAUAUUUGAUGGCUUGCUGCGACAACUGAGCCAGGAGAAGCUUCAUCAGUUAGUUGCGGAGAGAUUCGCAGGUAGCAAAGGUACGGAGCUGUGUCAUCAUUUCGGCUUUUCACAAGGACAGUCGGAUGAACAGUUCCGUGAUGCUUUCCGCCUUCUCCUAGGAACUCUCAUGUUCCAAUAUCCUAACAUCGCCAUCGCUGAAGCCUCCCGUCAGUCGGAUGCAUGGAAGAAUGAUGUUUUCCUGUACCACUGGGAAGAGCCAUCGCCUUUCCCAGGUCCAACUCAGGGAAUGUCUUAUCAUGGUCUUUGUGCUCUUCUUCUCCAUUUGAAUGAGCUGGAGAGCUGUCCUCCUCCUACGCAAAAAGUGUCAUUAGAAGCUGCCAGCUCUUGGGCUGCCUUUGCCCAUGGUCAGAAGCCGUGGGAGGCAUACUCGACCAGUGGUAAAUUCAUGCGGUUUGGACCAGAAGGGAAGACUGGAAUUUCCACUUUUGCGGAAGAUCACACAAGAGUGUAUGGAUUCCUUGAGUGGAUGAAAGAGAAUUAUGACGAGGUGAAACAGUUUGUUCGCGAAGACUUGAUGUACAGCUUGGAGAACGGUUCAUCGUAA